AUGCAGGAGCUGGUGGCCGGAGUAGAGAAGAUCAGGUUUGACCUGGAGGCCGACGUGGAGCAGCAGAGAGGAGCCCGGCUCCUGCCCUUCCCGGGUAUGGACAAGCUGGGGGCGGCCGUCUGCGAGUUCUUCCGCCGAGGGCUGUGCUCCAAGGGCCUGCUGUGCCCCUUCCGGCACGUCAGCGGGGAGAAGACGGUGGUGUGCAAGCACUGGCUGCGGGGGCUGUGCAAGAAGGGUGACCAGUGCGACUUCCUGCAUGAGUACGACGUGACCAAGAUGCCCGAGUGCUACUUCUACUCCAAAUUUGGCGAGUGCAGCAAUAAGGAAUGUCCCUUCCUGCACGUCAACGCGACGGCCCGUGCCACCGGCUGUCCCUGGUACGACCGAGGCUUCUGCAGGCAUGGACCCCUGUGCAAGUACAAGCACACCCGGAGGGUGCUGUGCACGAACUACCUCGUCGGCUUCUGCCCAGAAGGACCCAAAUGCAAAUUCAUACACCUCAAGGCUGGGCUGAUGACCUGCAGCACCAGUCAGACCAAGGGAGCUGACCUUCCUCACGGGGUAGCGUGGCCAGGCCUGGCUGCCAGCGGGGAGAGUGACCGUGAGCACCAGCCACCCACAGAGCCCCCGCUGCUGGACACCAGUGCUACCCUGCGCCUGCUGAUGCAGCCACAGGAGGCCAGCGCCUGCCCCCUGGGCCCGCAGCGCCCGCUCGAGCAAGUCACCUGCUUCAAGUGUGGACAAAAGGGUCACUAUGCCAAUAAGUGUGGGAAGAGUCGCCUGGAAAUCCUGCUGGGGAAGUGA